UCCAUAUUUGUACAAUACGACUGGAAGGACGAGGCGCCUUCAUGCUUCGCAGCUGAAGGAGCAAACCUCUGCUGCCAGCUACCACAGCCAACUGCCACAUCAGCAAAGACUAAACCUGGCCAGAGGAGCUUCUAAGCAAGAAAUCACAUUUUCUAGGGUUUGGAAGAGUCAGUAUGUUGGAUCAGAUUCACCUGCUUGCUGCUGUGACAGUCCUGGGAGUCCUGGAGCAAGCCUACUUCUUCCUCCAGGUGAUCUAUGCUAGGAGGUUGUUUGGCAUUUCACCUCCAAAGACCUCAGGCCCACCUGAAUUUGAGAGGGUCUUUCGAGCACAGGUGAACUCCUCUGAGUAUUUUCCAAUUUUCCUGGCACUUCUGUGGCAGGCUGGACUCUUCUUCCACCAAGGUCUGGCUGCAGCUUUGGGUCUGCUCUAUCUCUACUCCCGCUACUGCUACUUUACAGGAUACAGGGCAUCAUCUUCAGAAAGGCUCACCCCAAUAUACUUUUCUGCUGGAGUUCUCUGGAUUCUCGUUGGAGCGUCAGCCCUGGGUAUCCUGCAUUCCUUGCUCUCUCACUACGUGGGGCUGAACCUCCUCCAACUUCUCACAGCGUGACCCAGUCCUCUGUCCCUCAUCAGUGUCCUCACCUUGGAGUUCUGCUCCCUCCUGCACUCCGUUACAGACUGGCUGCAACUCACACAGCCCCCAGCAACAAAUCCACCCGCAUCUGAGCUUUUAUCACCUCCCUUCUCCUGCCCAGCACCAGCACGAACUGCUGAGCUCUUCAGGAGGUAUUUUUCCCCCGAGGCACUUCUGUGUGCCAAGUGCUCCAUAUCUGGCAGCUCCAUCAUGCGAAACACCAACGAUCCAAAACAAGGAGAGUUUUAGGAAAGCUGGACACAUAAAAGCAAACUCUUCUCAGUCUGAGUUUCACAGUGAGCUUCCCCAGGGAAUGGCCAUGUGUUCCCUGUUCUCCAACAGCCCUGCCUGCAGCCAGGGCACUGAACAGAUUCAUGCCAGUUUGCCGAGGCCCACACCUAUUAAAGGCAUUUGUUUGGAAUUCAGUGUGGGCUGCGGCAUAACAAAAGAGGUGAGGGGUAAACAGGAGCAGCCACCAACAUGUUGUGCAAAGGUCUGUUAGUACCUUCAUGCUGCUCAUCAGCCAUUGCCUAUGAGACUGCACAAACUCAUCACUGCUGCGUGUGUGACUUCCAACACUGCUUGGCAACAAGGUGCACAAUU